AGUGGCGCUCCUCGCGGAUUGUUUAUGUUGUCUCUCUCGGCGUCGCCCUCGGCCUCCUCUCGCGCCGCCUAGGAUUUUCCUCCUGUCACUCUCCCCCGAAGGAAGCCAUGACUCUCGCCUACCCCAACCAGCCUCCUCAGAGGGGAAGGCCGCCCCCGAACUCCGCGCAGAUCCAAAAGUUGCUGGAUGAAAAUUCCCAACUGAUCAAGACUAUCACCGAGUACCAGAGUCAAGGGAAAUCUCAUGAAAGUUUUCAGUACCAACAGUCACUCCAUCGCAACCUGAUGUAUUUGGCUUCAAUGGCUGACAACUCGCAAAACAUGGCCCAGCUCCUCCCGCCCCCACAGGUUCCAGGUCAGCAAGGUCAAGGAGGAGAUGGCCCGCAAGGUGGGCCCCCACCUGGGCAAGGUCCGCCAGGGCCACAUCCACCACCAGGGCCAUAUCCUGGACAACAACCAGCCCCCUACAGGCCUCCUGGUCCCCCUGGGAUGACUGGAGGCACCACCAGGAGCCUGGGGGGGCAGCAUAUCAGGCAUUGGUACCCUAAUGCAGGACCAGCGCCAUAUGGAGCUUACCCUCCACGGCAGCACCCUGGGAAGUUCCACCCUGGCAGUCACCCAGGCAGCCAUCCAGGAAGUCACCCAGGUUAUGGAGGUCCAAUGCCAAAUGCUCAGCCUGGAUAUCAACAUCCUUCAGGACCAGGGUAUGGCCAAGGAUAUCCUCCUCCUCCUGGCAGUCAGUAUGCACAGUAUAGACCAUCUCCUGGGCAAGGACCUCCCCAAGGACAGUUUCCAGGCUAUGAGCAGAGCCGAUACCCAGCUUAUCAGCCACCACCGCCAUCAGGGCCCCCAUCAGCUCCACACUGA